AUGCCCCCCUACGCAUUGCCAAUGAUGUCAAGGAUCAUAAAGGGCUCAGCUCAGCUGCUCCACCCUGGUGAUGCAAAGUAUGAAGAGCAGAUGGUCAAAGGAGUCCAUGGCCUUUCCGUACAGCUGGCGUGUGGCGACGUGGUCUCACCCAUGGUCGUUUUCUGGAGCUUCACCAAGCAGGGCUCACUCAUUCCCAGGGCUGUUGCUAUCAGCAAUGGGAUAGAAUCCAAGGUAGAGAAGGCUUCUGUGGUCCUGGGGCAGGUGAGCCUGAGAAAUGGCACCCUGGAGGUGAGGGACCUGCAGACAGCUGCUGAAGGGCACUUCAUGUGCCAAGCCAUGUAUGAGGAAGAAGAAGAGAUCAGAGUUGGCUACUUCUACAUAGAGCUGGUGGUUUUGGGGAAGGGCCAGCUGGAGCUGCACCCCAUCACAGACACCAGCUUGUGUGAUGUGGCGCUUGUAGCCACACUGCAGUUUAAACUAGGUACAGUUCCUGUUUCAAAGCCCUUCCUCCAAAUGAACAACUCUACACCAGUAGAAGGUAUGGCCAUCAUGAUGACAUGCUCUGUGAAGGAGGGGACACCCCCGCUCAGGUACUCCUGGCACCACUACACCAGUCGGGACAGCACAGGGACUGUGGCUGAAACUGCCAGUGGCCCAGCCAACCGGACACACAUGGGCUGGUACACCUGCACUGCCCUCAAUGAAAUCAACAGCCAGACCAGCGAGCCCAUGUAUCUUGAUGUCAUUUAUGGCCCUGAUGAACCUGUGAUCAGUAUUGAGCCAUUUGCUAUUAACCAUAAUGGCUUCUCAGCUAACGAGCAGGAGGAGGUGAUCAUGACCUGCCUGGCCUCUUCUAACCCACCCAGCCACUAUCUCUGGUUUUACAACAGCUCUCAGGUCUACUCUGGCCAGAAAUAUGUGAUAGCCAAGAUCUCCCGGACUCAGACAGGCACUUACACUUGCCUGGCCCAAAACAUCCACCUCAACACACGCACUCAGACCACCAUCAUCCUCACCGUCUACUUGCAGCUGCGGUGGGUGAAAUCCAGCCAGGAAGCAAACACCGGGGUGGCCUAUUCCAAUGCCACCAGCAUCCAGCGAGGCAUGGACAUCCAGAAUGGCAGCAUGUACACCUGCCUGGCUUUCCACCCAGGAAUCGGGGAGAAGGCUGUCUGCAAGACCACUGUCUGGGCCCCUGCUGGGAACCCCACCUGUUCUGCUAUGGCCACCAAGCAGAAUGAGUUCCUCAUGCUAUCCUGCAACUGGCAAGGGGGGAUGCCCCGUGUCACACUCUGGUGGAGAGAUUGGAGGAACCAUGUGCUGGGGGGCUUGAAACAGUCCAGCAACAUCUACGUCAUGAAGUCCAACAGCAGCCUGGGCGGCAAGGAGUUCACCUGCAUCGCAGCCCACCCUCUCCGGGCCAGAGCAAUAGAGUGCCGCAUCCAGCUGGAAGCCCCCAGGCUGGUGGCGGAGAGCACUGAGGUGUCGCUAUUUGAAGGUGACGAGGUCCAGCUGGGCUGCAUGCUGCAAGGGCCCCAUCUGGGCUCUGAAGUUUUCUGGUACAACAACAAGAACCAAGUGAUCAGACCAGAUGCUCAAAAAUAUAGGCUGCAGCAGAGUGGCACCUGGUUCAAGCUGACCGUCCGGGACACGGAGUGGCCGAGUGACAGUGGCAUCUACCGCUGUGCAGCCGUGAAUGCUGUGGGCAACACCAGCCUCCCCAUCAGCCUCCAUGUGAAAAAGUACCCGGUGCCCCCCAACGUGACAAUCAGCAAGCUGAUGUACACCCGGCAGCGCACUGAGGUGCAGCUGGAGUGGGUGACGCAGGGUUCAGGGAACCUCACUGGCUUCAUGGUCCAGCGGCGAGACACAAAGAGAACCUUCUCAAACUCGUCCAGGUCAGUGGACAGCCUCUGGGAAACUGUGGCCAGCGACAUCGAGCCUGACAUCCGGGACCACCGGCUGGGCGGCCUGGACCCGGCAAUGGUGUAUGCCUUCCGCAUCCUGGCUGUCAACCACCGCACCACCGGGCACCCCUCCGAGAUGAAGACACCAGCUGAUCCACCUUUCAACGCCUACCCUGCCGUGAUUGGGGCCGCGGUGGCAGGGAUGAUAGUGGCGACAGUUCUCUCUCUUCUGGUGUUUCAGUACAUCAUCCGGAACCGUGCAAACAACCCAAAGGGCAGUUCAGCACCACCUGCCAUGACACAGGAGACUCCUUCAGCUCCAGAAGUCGCUGCUGAGGAUGCCCCAGUUGAAGUUACAAUCACCGUGACCGCUACUUCGUGA